AGCAGCAAACAGGAAAUGAUGGUUGUCCCGCGUAGGUAAACUGUUUUUGAAAUCCUUGGCGCGGAACGCCUGUGCGGUAACAGCGGCGAUUCGCUUUAGACUUUGGUGGCGGUAAAGCUCUCUGCUGAGUGGGAAUCACCAUGGAAACCGACGAGCGCCUUCAAGGAUGUUGAGAGAGAGCGGCAUCCAGUGACGUAAUGUCACGGAUGUGAAAGAGAGCGAGUUGAAGCCCGAUGCUGCCUUCAGCACGUGAAUGCGGCGGCUGGCCGCUCUGCUCGCAGCCGGAGGAACGGACAGCGCAGCGCACGAGGCAGGGUUCAUCUCCACCGGAAGGAAAGGCACGGAGAAGUGCGGGCGCUUGUUCGCUGUCAGGAUACCACACUUGACCUUUGCUGUGAGUGGCGCGAGCUUUUGCACAUCUGCUUUCGCUGGACCUUUUUCUGCUUUUCUUUUUUAUACUGGUGGAUGCUCCGUGGAAAACUGAAGUCCGCUCAUUUCGCUGACGAGAAACCGAAACCUGCACACAUUUUCAGACAGACUGAAUCCCGGGCACUAGAGAGGAUCGUGACGAUCACAUCCUCCUUUAAGAUUUGAUGAUGUUUCUGGGAGAGAGAUCCGUCCUGGUUAUCCCUGGCUCCUGUUCUCUGCCCUGAUGCUCACUUCAGGCCAGCCCCUCGUGACCAGGAAACGAUAUGACUGAGACACGGCAUGUGGCUGAGGCUGGAUCCCCCCAGAGAUUGGGUGCCAUCUUUUUCAUGGAGCAAAGUUGAUGGACAGACAUUUUUGCCUUUUUUUUUUGGAUUGACAUUCAUGCACCACAACUGGGAACCAAGUGGGAAGGGGACUGAAAUACUUUGAGCAGGUAUUUCCCUUCAUUCCCAAAAAGGAUAUUUAGCUUUGGAAGAGCCUGAGGACUCAGUCACUUAUGGGAAGAUGGAGGCAGGAGCAGAGGCUAGUCCACAACAGCACCCGAGGAGGAAACCUGUGCUGCACGGCUUGGAGGACCAGAAAAGGAUCUACACGGACUGGGCCAACCACUACCUUGCCAAGUCAGGACACAAGCGCCUGAUCAAGGACCUGCAAACAGACGUCACAGACGGAGUAUUGCUGGCUGAGAUCAUACAGGUCGUAGCCAACGAGAAGAUCGAUGACAUCAAUGGCUGUCCCAAGAGCCGUUCUCAGAUGAUUGAGAACAUUGAUGCCUGCCUCAGUUUCCUGGCAGCCAAAGGAGUCAACAUCCAGGGUCUGUCUGCAGAGGAGAUUCGGAAUGGUAAUCUGAAAGCCAUCCUCGGCCUCUUCUUCAGCUUGUCCCGCUACAAGCAGCAGCAGCAGCAGCAGCAGGCCCAGCGGCAGAGCUCCCAGCCCUCUCUCCCACCCGCCGCCCAGUCCCAGAGCACACACUCUCCCCUGAGCCAGCAGAGCAGCGCCCCGGCACAGCUUGGCCACUCUCCGCAUGGGACUCCUGCCCUUACAGCCCAGAAAGCAGCGCAGGCCGAGAUGCAGUCCAGGGAUGGGUCUCAGAGUAAACUACUCAAGUUUUCCCUUGGUCAGAAAAAAACCUCUAGACUUCCCGGCCCCACAGCGAGGGUGUCCACCGCCGGCGGUGACAUCCCUGCCAGAGGCUCGGUUAGUGCUGCCGGGAACAGACGCAGCCAGGGCUUCAGUGACAAGACCAAAGCCAGCUCGCACCUGAACAAAGAUUCCUCAGAGGGCAUGACCUCACAGCCUUUGGUGAUGACUGAGCAUGCUCCGUCAUCUGCGGUGACCGUCAGCUCCUCCACCAGCAUCCCCGCUGCUACCUCUGCCCUGAUUCCUCCCUCAUCUUCUUCGUCGUCCUCCUCCUCCUCCUCCACAGCCAUUCCCCAGCCAAACAGCAACAGCAAGCCCUGGAGGAGCAAGUCGAUGAGCUCCAAGCACACCUCUUCUCCUUCUCCCUCCUCCACCAGCAACCCCCCAUCUGCCAUGCAGUCCGUCAAGCAGGAGAAAGACACCACCUGUAAAGCUGCCCCAGCAACUGAAGCUCCUCCUAAGGCUGUCACUCAGAAGUCAAUGCUGGAGAAGCUGAAGCUCUUCAACAGUAAAGGAGGCUCCAAAUCUUCCACCGCCUCGUCCUCCAAUGGAGUAGGGGCCCAGACUGACAACACUGCCCCAGCCAGGCAGCUUGGAGUGGGGCAGCUGGAGAGAGCCGAGACUGGCUCCAACACCGACAUCCUAGAGGAUGAUGAUGGUAACGCCCGGCCAGGAAUGAACGGGACCAGUAAUGGUACGGCCUCCGGAGCAGCUCCCUCAGCAGGUACUACUGUCGCCACAACUGCCAGCAGCCCCAAAAUCGCCCUGAGGGGCAUUGCCCAGCGCACUUUCAGCAGAGCUUUGACUGCCAAGAAGGGCUCUGUCAAAGGCCCCGAGAAAGAAAAGGACAAGGAGAAGGGGAAGGAGAAGGAGAAAGGGAAGGAGGUGGGGAAACGCAUCUCAGUCCCCGACAGGACAGAGCUCAGGGGGGAGGAGCCGAAGGAGGAAGUAUCACCCGUUGCUGUGGACACAGACAGCUCAAACAAAAAGACCUCUAAAAUUGCCAGCUUCAUUCCCAAGGGAGGUAAAGUGGCCAAAAAAGAGAGUUCUACCCCUGCACACAGCGGAAUACCAAAGCCAGGAGGCAAAGCCCUGGGAGUCGGGGGGAAGUCCUCCUCAGUGAAGGAUGCGGGGGAGAGGCCCCGGAGCAUGCGGUUAGGAGGGGGUCUCUCCAUGCACCGCGGCCCCCUGGACAGAGACAGGGACAGCAGAAACUCCAGCUCUACCUCCAGCCUGGCCUCCACAGAGGGCAAGACCAGCGCCGCCCCUGUGGCAGGAGGAGGCACUACACAGAGCACAGCCAGCAACACGGUCAGCGUGCAGCUACCUCAGACUCAACAGCACCAUAGCCACCCCAACAUGGCCACCGUCGCACCUUUCAUGUACAGAUCCCAAACGGACGGCGAGGGAACAGCAAACACUGAGACCGGAUCAGGAGGAAGAGGUGGAGACGUGUCCUUCACCAAGACCAGCCAGCCCUCCAUCGAGGACCUUUCAGGUGAAGACCCGGAGACGAGGCGGUUGCGAACUGUCAAAAACAUAGCAGACCUGCGGCAAAACCUGGAGGAGACCAUGUCCAGCCUGCGAGGAACUCAGGUCACGCACAGCACCUUGGAGACCACCUUUGACGGCAGCGUCACCACGGACAUCAGCAGUGGUGGCGGAAGCGGUGGUGGCAGCAACAACAGCGGUGGGGGUCGGAGCAUCCUCAGCCUCACGUCUACCCGCCCCUCCCUGUCGUCAUGGCGGCUGGGCCAGUCUAGCCCUCGCCUGCAGGCGGGCGACGCCCCAUCUAUGGGGAACGGCUACGGGGGCCGGGCGGUCGGUGGCCAGGGAGGACGCUACCUGUACCCUGGCCACCUCCGGCGGCAGCUGGCCGGCAGAGGAGGAGCCCUCUGUAGUGUGGACCUCGGAGACAGAGCCGGGGAGGACAUCGACCUGGACGGCAUCGCCAUGGAGGUCACUGGAUACAUGAGCGAUGGAGACGUGCUGAGCAAGAAUGCUGCACGCACCGAUGAUGUCACCAGCGGCUAUAUGACUGACGGAGGUUUGGGUCUGUACACACGGCGCCUAAACCGCCUUCCCGACAGCAUGGCCGCCGUCCGAGAGACACUCAAUCGAAACACGUCGUCGGGACAGGGAGAUGCCGACAGCUGGGAUGACAGCAGCUCUGUGAGCAGCGGCAUCAGCGACAACAUUGACACCGAUGACAUCAACACCAGCUCCUCCAUCUCCUCCUACGCCAACACGCCCGCAGCACAGCGCAAGGGCCUCAACGCACAGCCUGUGACGGAUGCAGAGAAGCACUCGGCCUCCACAGCGUUGCACCAGGCCUGGUCAGGAGACGAGGUGAAGAGGCCAGACGGCGGGUCAGACAGCGGGGUCAGGAUGGAGACAGGCUCCAAGUGGAGCCGCCGGAACCCCUCCGACAUCUCCGAUGAGUCCGACAAGGGCGGCUCGGGGAGGAAGACCCCCUCUGUGUCCCACACGGGCUCCUGGAGGAGAGGCAUGAGCACUCAGGUGGGGGUGACGUCCCCCCGCACUAAAAGCACCAGUAGCACAGGCUCCACGGGCUCCAUCGGCCUCAAGACCCACAGUUCAGGUAAGACAGACGAUGUGAAGGUGUCAGAAAAAGGACGUGUCUCUCCUCGUCCCAACGGCCUUCACCGCUCGCCCUCGGACGCAGGACGCAGCAGCGGCGAUGAGGCGAAGAAACAUUCGAUCUCCUCCGGCCGCGCGCCUACAACAAACGCCCUCACGCACACUGUCUCAGACCCCCACGGCCAGACGCACACACUCACCUCGCGCACCCCGACCAGCACCUUCGGCUUCAAGAAGCAGGGCACUGGGAUGGUAACCAUGGUUACGGCCAGCGGCGCCACCAUCACCAGUGGUUCAGCCACCCUGGGAAAGAUGCCCAAAUCUGGGGCGCGCUCACUGGCGGGAGGCCUAAAAGCCAGUGGGCAGGACGGAGGGUCGGCACUGGGUCACCAUGACGACGGCUUCCUCCCCAUGAGCGCCCGCUCCACGCUGCAGUACCGCAGCCUGCCGAGACCCAGCCGCUCGGGCGCCGCGGCCCGCAACGGAAACCGCUCUUCCACCAGCAGCAUCGAGGCCGCCGUACUCUCUGUCACGUCUCACGGUAAAAACACAAUGAGCAUCGCCAAGGCCAACGGCUCGGGAGGGCUAAUGGCCAAUCAGACGGAUCGGGAGAAGGGCGUCUCGGAGAUUGACAACCUGAGGAGUGGAUCCGUGAUGCAGAGUGGAGGAGCAGCGACUGUUCCUCUGACAGGAAGACAGCAGGUUUCUUCGCCUACACUACGCAGGCUGUUCGGUGGGAAGCCCAGUAAACAGGCUCCGGUCACCACAGCUGAAAACAUGAAGAACUCCACUGUUAUCUCCAACCCCCACGCUACCAUGAACCAUGUGGCCACGGUGCCGGAGUCCCCCGACGGAGGGCUGGGAGGCGGGGACAGCGAGACCAGCAGCCCCCUGUUUGGAGGCAGAGCGCUGGGAUCAGGGACGGGCACGCUGGGCAGCGAGCAGGCCUCCAGUCCCGGCUCAGUCUACUCCUCCACCGGCCCCUCCAACAGCCUGACGUGGGGCACCACCUUCAGCAGUUCCUCCGCCCAGAGCAGGGAGGGCACGCUGGGCGGGCACGGCGGGACAGGCAGCGUGGGCUACCCCUCCGUCAGCAGCAUGCACACCAGCAGCGAGUCCAUCGACAUGAGCCUGGGCAGCGCCGGAGGAGGCGGCGGCCAUGGGACCCACAGGGAGGACACCCUGUCCGCACUGGGCCGCACCGGCAGCGUCAAAACUGGCAUGUCUGAGAGCGGGCCACAUUGUGGUAGAAACACUCUGCCUAAGAAGGGACUCAGGUAUGGCCCGUCCCCACAGCUGCGAGGUCACGAGGAGGCCCGCGAUUGGCUGCGCUCCCACUCCACCAGUGGGCUUCAGGAUUCGGCCAGCAACUCCCCGUUCUCCCCCGGCUCUAGCCUCACCUCCCCCUCCGGCACUCGCUUCAACUUCGGACAGCUCGCAUCCAGCCCAACCUCCGCAGCUCAGAUCAACCUCGCCGGUCUGCGCAACAACAGCCUGACCAAUCAGGACGUCUCCUUUGACCCCUGCAGCGACAGUCGACUGAGGAACUCCUGCAUGUCGCUCGACGAGAAGACUCGCACCAUGAGCCGAUCGGGCUCCUUCAGGGACGGCUUCGAGGAGGUUCACGGAUCAUCUCUGUCUCUGGUCUCCAGCACCUCUUCCAUUUACUCCACGAAUGAGGAGAAGUCUCAGUCGGAGAUCCGCAAGCUGCGCCGGGAGCUGGACGCCUCCCAGGAAAAGGUUUCCGCCCUGACGACACAGCUGAGUGCAAAUGCUCACCUGGUGGCAGCGUUUGAACAGAGUCUGGGCAACAUGACCAUCAGGCUGAAGAGUCUCACCUUGACAGCAGAGCAGAAGGACUCUGAGCUGAAUGAGUUGAGGAAGACCAUCGAGCUGCUGAAGAAGCAGAACGCCGUCGCUCAGGCCGCCAUCAACGGAGUCAUCAACACGCCUGAACUGGCGUCUAAAGGGGACAGGACAGCCGGCAGCAACGGCAGUCCGCAGCAGCAGCAGCAGCAGCAGCAGCAGCAGCAGCAGCAGCAGCAUCAGCCCGACCUGCGCAUCAGGAGGCAGCACUCCUCCGACAGCGUCAGCAGCGUCGCCAGCGCCACCAGCCACUCGAGCGUGGGCUCCAACAUGGACACUGACGCAAAGAACAAGAAGAAGAACAAGAAGAACUGGCUGCGCAGCUCCUUCAAACAAGCGUUCAGCAAGAAGAAAUCUCCCAAGUCGGCCUCCUCUCACUCCGACAUCGAGGAGAUGACGGACUCCUCCCUGCCGUCCUCCCCCAAACUGCCCCACAACGGCACCGCAGCCGCCAGCCACAUGCUCAGGAGCACGCACUCCAACACGCUGUUAUCAGAGUGUUUGGACAGCGAGGCGGAAACAGUGAUGCAGCUGCGGAGUGAGCUCAGGGAGAAGGAGAUGAAGCUGACUGAUAUCCGCCUUGAGGCUCUCAGCUCCGCCCAUCAGCUGGACCAGCUUCGGGAGGCCAUGAAUCGCAUGCAGGUGGAGAUCGAGAAACUGAAGGCGGAGAACGACCGUCUGAAGCUGGACAGCCAGGGCAGCAGGACGGGCUCCCAGGCCUCCAUCUCGUCUUCUCCUCCCCCCCACACAAACAGCCAGGCCCCUGGGCCCGGGCUGUCCCAGCACAGCCUCAACCUCACCACCAGUGAGUCCACCAGCCUGGAUAUGCUGCUGGACGACACCGGCGGAGAGGGAGGGAUGAGGAAGGAGGGGAGACACGUCAAGAUCGUAGUGAGCCUGGACGAGGACAGCAAGUGGGGAGAGGAGGGCCGGCCUCGCCCUUUUCUGAUCGGGUGCAUCGGUGUGAGCGGUAAAACCAAGUGGGACGUUCUGGACGGAGUGGUCCGACGCCUUUUCAAGGAGUACAUCACCCACGUGGACCCGGGGAGCCAGCUGGGCCUGAGCUCAGACAGCGUGGAGGGAUACAACAUCGGGGAAAUCCACCGGCCCAGCGGCCUCAGCGCCGCCCACACGCCCGAGCUGCUGCCCUGCGGCUACCUGGUCGGGGACAGCAACACCAUCAGCAUCCAGCUCAAAGGUGUGACCAGCGAGAACGUGGACUCGCUGGUGUUCGACACGCUGAUCCCGAAGCCGAUGCUGCAGCGCUACGUCUCCCUGCUGAGGGAGCACAGACGAGUCAUCCUGUCGGGCCCCAGCGGCACGGGGAAGACCUACCUGGCCAAUCGGCUAUCGCGACACCUGCUGCUGCUGGAGGGCCGACCUCUGACCCCGCACGCGGUUGUCACGUUUAACGUGGACCACAAGUCCAGCAAGGAAUUGCGUCAGUACCUGUCGGGUUUGGCGGAGCAGUGCAGCGGCGUCCCGGGGGUGGAGAGCCCUCUGGUGGUGAUUCUGGACAACCUGCACCAUGUCAGCUCCCUGGGAGAGAUCUUCAACGGCCUCUUCAACUGCAACUACCAGCACUGCCCCUACAUCAUCGGCACCAUGAGCCAAGCCACCUCAUCUGCCCCCAACCUGCAGCUUCACCACAACUUCAGGUGGGUGCUGUGUGCCAACCACAUGGAGCCGGUGAAGGGCUUCCUUGGUCGCUACCUGAGGAGGAAGCUGAUCGAGGUGGAGAUUGGCAGUCGAACGCGCAACAUGGAGCUGGUGAAGAUCAUUGACUGGAUCCCACGGGUUUGGCACCACCUCAACCGCUUCCUGGAGACACACAGCUCGUCUGACGUCACCAUCGGACCUCGUCUCUUCCUGUCGUGUCCCAUGGACGUGGAGGGAUCCAGGGUUUGGUUCACCGACCUCUGGAACUACUCCAUCAUUCCCUACAUGCUGGAGGCCGUGCGGGAGGGACUGCAGCUGUACGGCCGCAGGGCUGCGUGGGAGGACCCGGCUGCCUGGGUGAUUGAGACCUACCCGUGGUCAGCCACGCCCACCCCAGCUGACUGGCCCCCGCUGCUGCAGCUCCGCCCGGAGGACGUGGGGUUCGAUGGCUACUCUGUCCCGAGAGAGGGAGUCAGGAAGGAGCCCCCACAGAGCGACAGCGACGCAGACCCGCUGAUGAACAUGCUGAUGCGCCUGAAGGAGGCGGCGACGUCCUCGAGCCCGCAGAGCUACGACAGCGACUCCAACAGCAACAGCCACCAGGACGACAUCCUGGACUCUUCGCUGGAGUCGACCUUGUGAUGCCGUCAAAUCGCAACGCUGGGAUGGGUUUUCAGGGGAAGAGACGUUUUAUAAGAAAAUCUUGUUGAGAGCAUAAUUUCAUGCCACAAAAUCCAGCCACCUUAAUUUGGGUGCAGGUAACCCAAAUGUUUAAAAGAAAAAUAGGGUUGAAAUUUGAUUUCAGAAAACGGGCAACAAAAGUUUCUACUGCACUGCACUGUUUUGUUUCGUCUUUUUCUUUUUUGUUCACCGCUGUGGCCCGUGGCUCCUGUAAAGAGCCUGACAUCUACUUCAGACAAACAGAAUAAAAGCACACAGCCUGUCACUGUUGGUGAGGCGUCAUCAUUACCGCCAUCGGCAUACGUAAACACCAGCCAGGAGUCCUCCAUCCUCCGCUGAGUCGCGGCAUCAGCUCCAGCUCGUCAGGCUGAGAAACCCCGGGUCCCGCCCAGGCGCGCCGCGCCUGCACCGCCUGCAGGUGGCAGUACAGGCCCUGGUCCUUGGGGCAUCGGUGAGCCCGAGCCGCUUGCUGCUGAGAGCACAGAUGCGGCCGCUGCUAGUUGGACGGGUGGAUGAACAGCCAGCCGCUUUCUGCUUCCUCCCCGCAGCCCAAGUUGCAUGUGUGAUUUGCUGGAGGACAAAAUUGAGCCAGCGUGAAUGUUAAGUUCAGCAGAACGCCUGCUCUCACCUCCAAAAACUCCUCAGAGAGAUCAAGAAUUAAAAAAGAAAGAAAAAGAAAUUGUGUAGGAAUAGCAAAUGCAGAAGAUGUGUUUCCACAAAGAAAUAAUUAAGAGAGCACUAAACAAAAAUAGUUCCUACCAGAUCCAUGUAAAUCUGAGUUGAAUGUCUGUUUUCAAGGGCCUUAGUGGACAAAAAGGAUGAGACCCGGUGUGUUUAUAUAUGCAAAUCCGUGAUAUAAACACGGUAACAAAGAACUUGGCAAACGCUGUAGCAAGAUUGCUUCACCAGAGCCACGUCAGUAUCUGUGGAAAAACAAAUCUCCCGUCUGAGGAGACGAGCUCGGUCGGUUUAACCAAAAAUUCUCAACACGAUCCUGCCGACGCGUUUUCUCUCGGAGUCGACAUGUCAUAUGGCACAUUCCAUCGGGUCCCCGGUGGUUACAUCCUGCCUCGUAGCCGAGGGUCCAUUGUUCCGCCAGAGAGAAGGUCGCCCCUGAAAUGGAGCACAGCAACAUAGCGAGCGCGUCCGUUUCAUCGGCCAGAAAACACAGUUGCAAACACAGACGCCAGUCGGACCCGCUGGAAAUGAAAAGCUUUUCUUAUCCAGCGCAGCAACUGGAGCUGAGCUCUACAAAGCGAGGCGAGACCAGAAAUCGAAUUUACAAAACCCCUUUAAAGACCUGGUUCUCACAAAAAAAACAAGGACGUCCAGGAUGAAAGGGUGUAAACUGGGAAACUAACAUUCACCGUGGCUUGAUUUAUCCUUUUACCUUUACCAGUAUUUGGGAUAAUGUCCUUUUCUGUCUGUGUUGUAACCUUGCUUGUAAUUUCACAAAUAACAACUCUACCCUGAGUUCUUGCUUUAACCCCUUGAAAUCCUUUUGACAUCUCCACGCACACUGGCCCAAACAGGUUGCUGUAGCACAAAUCUCUUUCGGUGCUGGACUGAAUCCUAACGAACAAUGCCUUACUCUUUUCUAACCGACCUAUGCGCAUUAGCUGAUUCCCUACUCGUCUAAACGGCUGUAAACUUAAACAGGGCUCCGGAGUCGACGCUCUCCCCCCUCGAGCGCCGCCGGGGGCUGUCGGGGAGCGGCGCUGACCCCCUUCGUCGCGCCAAGCAACCGAUGCCGUGGGAUCGAAGGGAGACGUGAAUGAGAAGCGGCGCUUUGGGUUUUCAGAAGGGGUUGUGUGCGCGCACGGCUCGGUGCUGAGAAGCCGGCGUAAAUAUUUGGACCCGCCAGCGGGACAGACAGAUAUCAUAGGUGUGUUUUGGUGCUCGGAAUGGGAACUUCUUUUUUUUUCCCCGGCGGAUCGGUUGAGGGACGUUUAGGAAGACGUGUUGAUUUUUAUACCUCAUCCCCAUCCUUUCAGCGACGCUUUCGCCACGCUCAUUGUCGGUUUCGAUUAUGUGAUUUGUGAUGAACAAAACCGUCAUAACAAACAUGUUGAAAUGAUUAAGUGAAAACUCGUGUAUACUGUAUGCUGCUUUGUUUAUGGUGAUGUGAUUAACCGGAGGUUAGAGGUAUAAAGGUACUCGUGGUUGAAUGAUUAUGUAAAACGGUGUGACGUCAUUUUUGAGGCUUAGAAAAAUAAAGUUAUUGUACUCUCCGUUGGAAACGUCCCCGCCUGCCUUCUGGGGAGGGCGGGCGGGGAACGUUUGAAGCCGGGGUCAUGUAGUUCAGCACGGCUUCCAUCACUUUAAGUGUGUUUGUCACCGAUGCUAUGCAACAUUCAUUCUGAUCUCCGAAUGGAAGCCAAAAUGCUCAAUGUGCAUUUGCCCCCACCCCCCCCUCCCCAGAGCGGAUUUCAGCACUGCUGAGACGUACAGCAUGGAACCAGAUUUGCGAAGACUUUUUCGGAUUUGCGGCAAAUGCUCUUUGUCCAUAUGUGUGUCUGUGUAAUUCCUGGAGCCUCUCCUGCUAAAGUCCCUGUAAGCACAAAGAGACGGAUUCUGUUUGUCUAGUGAAAAGCCUGCUCUGAGAGCCGUCGUCGAAGCGUUUGACCGGUCUUUCUGUUUAUCACACAAACUCGAUGAAUGUUUAGCCUUCUUUGCUAUGUACAUUUUUUUAAUAUGUAACAUAACUCUGUAAAUAGUUGGUUAUCUCGCAGCAUUUUGAUGACUUUUUUCUAGCUGAUUUGCUACAGUACUUGAAAAGGAGUAUUUUGUGUACAGUCUCUCUACAUCGGAGCAGAUUGAUGCCGUUUGUCAUCACUGGUCUGUCCAGGGCUCGGAGAAUUAAAUCUGAUAUCACUGUACUAGUCUUAAGU